AUGUACGACUUUAAGUGUAUUGAAUAUCCUAAUCUAAUUGGAACUACUGUCCUGGUAAAGUGUACAGGACCCAAUGGUGCGGGUCCUGAGUGGCUGCCCAUAAAGCAGGAUUGGAGUGAGAGAUGGUGUACACUUUCUGGACCCUAUACCGAAGAUUUUGCAAAGCGAAUCGAUGCCUUCGCCACCCGGGAAACCGAUGUCUUCUUGGUAUCCGUCAUGAAGAGCGGUUCCACUUGGAUGCAGGAGUUGGCUUGGCUUUUGCUUAAUAAAUUGGACUACGAAGGAGCUCUCAGCGAAUACGGCAAUGUUCGCAAUCCUUAUCUAGAACACUCGGGUAUCGACGAAGCCUUCCCAGGAAAUUCAUUAGAAACAUGUGAUAAAAUCCAGACUAAUCCCCGAUUGAUCAAAUCCCAUUUACCUGCACAAUUCCUGCCCAGACAAGUCUGGACUCAAGGACGUAAAAUCAUUUAUGUGGCUCGAAAUGCCAAAGAUGUUGUAGUAUCUACAUAUCACUACCUUUACGGCAUCGGUGUUUGGGAAGGGAGUUUGGACCAGUUUGUUGAUAGCUUCAUUGAUGAUAAGAUAACAUUUAAUCCGCAUUGGGCACAUGUUAUCGACUUUUAUAGAAUGCGUUCUGAAGAGAAUAUAUUUUUCGUAACCUACGAGGAAAUGAUUCGAAAUCUCGAGGAUGUGAUCAGGAGAUUAUCUCGUUUCGUGGGCUGCCAAGACUUGAGUGAUUGUGAAAUGGAGAAACUCUUAAACCACUUAAAGUUUAAGAAUAUGAAAGAGAGCAAGUUUGGCAACCACACCAAUUUCUUCAAGACUUUUCAUGAAACCAAAGAUGAUUUUGAUUUUAUGCGUCGUGGAAUAAUUGGCUCUUACAAGGAUGAAUUAAGCUCUGAGCAAGUGGACAAAAUUGAUAAAUGGACGCAAAGAUGUCUGCAGGAAUAUGGAAUUAGUGAAUCGGACAUUUUUGGUGAAAUAUAA